AUGGUUUCUCUUUUUUCUGAGACGGAGGAAGAACAGUGGCAAAGAUUAAAGGAGGAAGCAAUGAUCGAAUCGGGUGAGGAUGACGACAGCAUUAUGGACGGUGGAACCUUGACGUUACCACAGGAGACAAGGAAGCGGAAAACAAGAAAGACUGUGAAGUCAGCAGGCGUUUCAAAGACUGCCCAGGCACAACAACAGAAACUGACUCAAUCUAUAAGUGCACCUGACAUGGAAAAACUUUUGAAAAGGUAUCGGGGGUUUGCCACUGAUGAAGAGGAUGGAGUUGGAAUAGACAUCACCAAGUUCUUACAGGACGACGCCUUGGAGAGCGAAGCGGAAGAAGAUAAUGUAACUGCUGGUGAUCUGAUGUCCUCCUUGUUGACAACAAAGAAUACAGCUCCCCAGAAGACGGUGGAGGCGACGCCAAAUUUCCCGUUGGUGAGUCUUAACGAUGAGAUCUAUGUGUACGAUAAACAGCCGGACUCUAGGAAGGUUGCAAUCAAGAAAAAACUACACGAAGAUAGGAAUGAAACCAAUUAUGUUGUCAACGAUGCUUUUUCAAAGGAUCUAAAGGUUGUCACGGAACUUCCGACGGCGGCGCCAAGUACAUUGAAGCAGACACCAGACAAAGUGUCUGAGGGGGGAACAUCCAGUGGAUUGUUUUACUGGUUUGAUGCUAAGGAACAGCCUCAUACCUCGUCAGAGCCUGGUACUAUAAUUCUUUUUGGAAAGCUUUAUGAGAAGAAGGGUGCAGAAGUCAAAUUUCGUUCCUGUUGUGUCAGGGUUAAAAAUAUUUUCCGGUGCACAUUUUUGCAUCCCAGAGAGGGUUCAUCUGAUGCAGAUGUUAUCAAAGAGAUAAAUAGUGUGUGUCAAACGCAUGGUAUAGGAGAGCGACGGGUACGGUUUGUGGAACGAUAUUACGCCUUUGAUGAACCUGGUAUUCGGCGAGAGAAAAAUCGAUGGGCAAAACUCCGGUUUCCUGGUAAAUAUCCAUGCUUUCCAGCGAAAGGGGAAUUUAAGCAUAUUCAGGCGGUUAUGGGUGCAUCCCGUUCGUUACUUGAGCUUUUCUUGAUCAAGAAAAAACUUAUGGGACCUUUAUACCUUCACAUGAAGAAUUUAUUGGUUGCAACGGACCGUGUCUCCCAUUGUGACGUGGAAUACGUGGUGGAUUCUCCGAAGAAUAUUGAGGUUGAUGAUACACCGAGGCCCUCGCCACCCUUUACGCUUGCCAGUAUCCAGUUACAUACCCAGUUGGAUAUCAAGGGUGUAACAAAUGAAGUUGUGGCUGUAUCGAUUGCCGUUUAUUGUGGUGUUAACAUUGAUGGUGGCAUGAAACCAGAGGUUUCAGAAUGUUUUACAGGUGUUCGACAGCUCUCAUCCGAUGCGGCGUUACCACUAAACUUGGAAGCCUAUUGUCACUCGAAAGGAUUGCCUGGUGUACGAUCUUUUGGAAGUGAAAGAGCUCUACUUACAUGGGUAGCCUCAACUUUGGGGAAUUUGGAUCCAGACAUUGUAGUUGGUCAUAAUUUUAUUGGAUAUACCAUUGAGAUUCUUUUGAAUCGCUACCACGAACUGAAUAUACCUCAAUGGUCUACGAUUGGGCGCCUUGAUAUUAGGCGCUUCCCACGUUCACAGUAUGGAAAUGUCAAUCUGGCAAAUGAAAAAGAGGCAUGUAUAGGACGUCUUGUCGUUGACACAUAUCUUCUUUCCAGAGAGUAUUACAAAAGCACAAACUACAAGUUGGCGUCUCUAACUACUCAAAUGGGGGUUUCAGGGAUUACAGAUGGUCGUGGCUCAUUUGAGCCUGGGUCAACGGUUCUGGAUAAGGGUAUCAUGGCAUCCUCUAAAGACAUGUUUCAUAUUCUUUUGCAACUUCUUAAUUAUGCAGUACUUUCUGUGAGAGUGGCCGCCUUUCUUGAUGUGAUUCCACUCACCAAACGGUUAACAACAUUGGCAGGCAAUUUAUGGAGCCGAACUUUGUAUGGUUCGCGUUCAGAACGAAUUGAGUACCUUCUCUUGCAUGCAUUUCACAAUCUUAAGUUUGUGACACCUGAUAAGAAACGAUUUGAUGGAAAACGAGGGCGACACGACAUGGAUGAUGAAACUAAACGCAAAACUAAAUACCAAGGUGGUAUGGUAUUGGAACCCAAGACAGGCCUUUACUCCGAUUAUAUUCUUCUCCUAGACUUUAAUUCGCUUUAUCCCUCUCUUAUUCAGGAGUUUAAUAUCUGCUAUACCACGAUUGAACGGGGUGAAAAUACGGUGUCUGUCGAGAUUCCCCCACCGGAGAGCCUAAUUUGUUCUUUUUGCGCGGCUGCAGGGCUGCCGUCUCCGUGCUUACACAGGUGCAUCUUACCGAAAGUUAUUCGAGGCUUGGUGGAGAGCAGGCGAGAAAUUAAGCGUUUGAUGAAAACGGAAAAGGAUCCAAGCAACCUUGCGACGUUAGAGAUUCGUCAGAAGGCUCUCAAGUUGACAGCCAACAGUAUGUAUGGCUGUCUUGGUUUUGAACACUCCCGCUUCUAUGCUCAGCCUCUCGCCGAACUUGUCACGCGACAAGGCCGUAUUGCUUUACAGAAUACCGUAGAGUUGAUUCCGCAAAUAUCACCCUCAUUACGAGUUAUUUAUGGUGACACGGAUUCUGUAAUGAUUCAAACUGGUAUAAAGGACAACAUUCGGAAUGUACGGGAACUGGGUUUUGAGAUCAAGAAUAAGGUUAAUCAACGCUACCAAAGUUUGGAAUUGGACAUUGACGGGGUGUUUAGAGCCAUGCUUCUUCUUAAAAAGAAGAAGUACGCGGCAUUGAGUGUUGUGGAUUGGCAAGGUGAGGGGACAACAUACAAGAAAGAAAUUAAAGGUUUAGAUAUGGUUCGUAGGGAUUGGUGUCCACUUUCACAGAAGGUCUCAGAGGCGGUACUGAGCCGUGUUUUGAAUGCCAAUGCGGGCGAAGAUAUACUGGACUACGUUAUGACCCACAUGAAAACUGUUGCCGAUGAUGUGCGUGCGGGAAAUUGCUACGCUCUUGAGGAAUUUGUUAUUUCAAAGAGUUUAACAAAGGAGCCUGAGAGCUACCGUGGGACUGCGUUUCCCCACGCAGCGGUUGCGCUGCGUAUGAAGCAGCGAAAAGAAAAUGUUCGCGUUGGUGACCUCAUCCCCUACGUCAUUUGCGAAGGUGAGCACCUCAAUGACAAAGCGUAUCACGUGGAUGAGGUACGACGCAGCAAAGGACUCCGCAUUGACCUCGAGUGGUACCUAUCCUCACAGCUGUACCCUCCUGUGAUGCGCUUGUGUGAGCACAUUCAAGGUUUUUCGCCGGAGCAGUUAUGUGAAGUCAUGGGAGUUGCCUGCCAUGUGCGAACAGAACGGGAAAUUCAGGAAACCUUCACCGUGGACGAUUUUUCGCAUUGCUCCUUAUUCAAGAGUCGAGAGCUAUCCGAGUGCUUCCCCACCGCAGUGCCCCUUCAGGUUCAAUGCACACGGUGCCAUCAGGUUGUUCCCAUCGAUCCACACAAGUACAUCUGUGGCAUGGUUCAUGAUUCUAAGAAGCCGCUUCCUAGUACACCCUUUGCACUGUACGCGUGUGUGAACUGUGGCCAACCUCUCUCCCUUGCAUACCUAGCAAAUUGUCUGACGCAGAUGUGCCACAACACAAUUCAGCAAUUUUACAUAUCAGGCGGGAAUGCUGCGGCGGUGCGAGCCGUGCGAACACAAUUUACGUAUUUUCGAGCCCUGUUUGACGUUCCACACGCCCCUGGAUGCUCUCCUGUUAUUAAAGACAUCCACUGCAAUCUUGCGCUGCGGUGCUUAGGCACAGACCAACAAUUGUACACACUCUCUAGCGCUGCCUCUGCUUCGGAUGUGGAGCCCGUGGAUCAUUUGUUUUUUUGCGCCGAUAGUUUUUACAGGAGAAUAGAUCAUUUGCUUGUCAACAUUGACAAUUUAUUCGCAUCCAUGUAG